GGAUUGUGUUAAAGAUAUGCGUAAGAAGGCACUCAAAAAUAAUGUGGUUGAAAUUAGCAAUGUGUUGUUACAUUGCUCAAAUAAUACCAGCCAAAGAAUUAAUCCGAUCACCAAAUAGUUAUACAUCAAUAUUCAGAGAAGAGCAAGUUAUAUUCUCAUCAGAAUUCAAUAUAACUAGUAUACUAGUACCAGCAGAUAAUACCAAAUAUGUACCAGCAGAUGUGGCUGAUAUACCAUCAAUAUUUUUUACAAUAUCAAAUCCUAAAUUAGAAGGUGGUUCCUGUAUCUAUGUUCUUGAAGGAUUAGCAGCUUACGAAGUCCUCGAAGGUGGUAGAGAUACCACAGCUGAUUAUAGUUCAGAUAAAUUAGUUUAUUUUGGUGCCAGAGAUGGACUUUAUAUUUAUGAUGGUAAUACACUAUCAGCUAGAAAAUAUGGACCCUUCAAUGACGAUAUAACCCAAUUACAAAAAGCUAAUAACACUGAUGCAAUAUUCAUAUUGAAUUCAGAGAGAAAAAUAUAUAAGAUAGAAAAAAACGGUACAGUAAAAACUAUGAUUCAAUCAAUAUUAUGCGCUUUAGAAUUCGUUUUGGAUACAUCAAAUAAUAUAUAUUAUAUAGCUUGUGAUGAUCGAAUGCCUCAUAUAGCUAGAUAUGACGGUACUUAUAUAAAUUAUGUGACAACUGUUAGUGAGAAUUUCAAAGAAAUAAAAUUACUACGACCUGCUUUUAUUAUGGAUAAAUGUGUACCAUUUUUCGCUGAUGGUGGACUUUAUAUCCUUUAUGCUAAUGGUACAAGUGAGAAGAAAGAUUUCUAUAUCAGAGAGAGGCCGACUGCGUACAGUAUUGAUGCAACUUUAUACCUCGUUGCUGCAUUAAAUGGAAAGAUUUACGAGUUUAAUGUCAUGGAAGUGUUAUUAAAAUCUAUGUUCGGGGUUGUAUCACAUUGGCCGAGUGAUGUAACUAAGAUAAUCAUGUCAAUUGUUGAAACGGCAAAAGAUAAUGUUUACAAGGACUGGAGUGUAGAACGAUAA